CCCUUGGGCGCCGUGGCUCGACCCACACUGCUCGCUCCGGGAGCCUUGCUGUCGAGACGCGGGUGCUGGGCGGGGCGGGGGUAUGCGGACCCGGCGGCGGGGCGCGGGUGGCAGUGCCCGGGGUACCCGGGGUGCCCGGGAUCCGGAUGGCAGAGCCCACGCGCGCCGCCCAGCCGGGGAGAUUUGCGCUCCGCUCUGCGCGCUGCAGGGAAGGCGCGGUGCCAGGCGCGAGCGCCCCGAGACCCAAAAAGAAAGCUUUUUAUUUGCUGGGGAUGAAGCCCCUGAAGGAACCCGCCCCCCAUCACCACCACCACCACCACCACAACAACAACAACGUGUCCUUUGUGAUCCACUGUCAUCUAGGCAAGGAGAUCAAACACAUUUGCAGUAACUGCAGCCGCGGGGAGGACGCCCGGGACGCUGAGGAAGUGGAGAGGCUGGCAGCAAUGCGUUCCGACUCCCUCGUCCCAGGCACCCACACCCCACCCAUCCGAAGGAGAAGUAAGUUUGCCAACCUAGGGAGAAUUUUCAAACCUUGGAAAUGGAGGAAGAAGAAAAGUGAAAAGUUCAAACAUACAUCUGCAGCCCUGGAGAGGAAAAUAUCAAUGAGGCAAAGCAGGGAGGAGCUGAUAAAGCGGGGAGUCUUGAAGGAAAUCUAUGACAAAGAUGGGGACCUCUCCAUCUCCAAUGAUGAUGACUCCCUGGAAAAUGCACCGUCCUUGAGCUCCAGCCAGCUGUCUCUGCCUGCCCUGUCCGAAAUGGAGCCGGUUCCCAUGCCCAGGGAUCCCUGCUCUUAUGAGGUGCUCCAGCCUUCAGACAUCAUGGAUGGGACAGUGUCUGAAGAAAGUCCCUCUGCCACUGACUCUGGAGUCCUCAUGUCCCAAGAUCCUUCAGCCAAACCAGUCCUGCUACUGCCCCCCAAAAAACCUGCUGCUUUCUCUGGAGACCAUGAAGAGACCCCAGUGAAGCAGUUGCCCCUUCUCAAGCAGCCCCCCGCCCUGCCUCCCAAACCCACUGCCAGGAUUGCCAACCACUUAACAGAUCCUGGCGCCCCUGUGAAAUUGCCUUGCCUGCCAGUGAAACUGUCGCCUCCGCUACCUCCAAAGAAAGUCAUGAUCUGUAUGCCUGUUGGGGGGCCAGAACUCACCCUGGCAUCCUACGCAGCCCAGAAGAGUGGCCAGCAGAGCCACCACCACACAGUCCUGCCCUCCCAGAUCCAGCACCAGCUGCAGUAUGGUAGCCUCGGUCCGCACCACCCCUCCGCCACCGGCUCUCUCCCCAUGCACCCCUCCAGCUGCAGGAUGAUCGAUGAGCUGAACAAAACGCUGGUCAUGACCAUGCAGAGGCUGGAAAGCUCCGAGCAGCGGGUCCCCUGCGCCACUUCAUACCACAGCUCUGCUUUGCACUCGGGUGAUGGGGUCACAAAGGCAGGAUCUCUGGGCCUUCCAGAAAUAAGACAAGUGCCAACGGUUGUGAUUGAAUGUGAUGACAAUAAAGAAAACGUGCCUCAUGAGUCCGACUAUGAAGACUCUUCUUGCCUCUACACAAGAGCAGAAGAAGAGGAGGAAGAGGAUGAGGAUGAUGACAGCUCCUUGUAUACCAGCUCCCUGGCCAUGAAGGUGUGCAGGAAGGACUCCUUGGCCAUCAAACUCAGCAACAGACCCUCCAAGCGAGAGCUGGAAGAGAAGAACAUCCUGCCGAGGCAGACAGAUGAAGAGAGGCUGGAGCUGAGGCAGCAGAUUGGUACCAAGCUCACCAGGCGGCUGAGCCAGAGGCCGACAGCAGAGGAAUUGGAGCAGAGGAACAUUUUGAAACCUCGGAAUGAACAAGAGGAACAAGAGGAGAAAAGAGAAAUUAAGAGAAGACUAACUCGAAAGCUCAGUCAGAGGCCCACAGUGGAAGAACUUCGAGAAAGGAAGAUCCUCAUUCGCUUCAGUGACUACGUGGAGGUAGCUGAUGCACAGGACUAUGACCGCAGGGCUGACAAGCCAUGGACUCGCCUCACUGCUGCUGAUAAAGCUGCCAUUCGAAAGGAGCUCAAUGAAUUUAAAAGCACUGAAAUGGAAGUUCACGAAUUGAGUAGACAUCUAACAAGGUUUCACCGACCUUAAGAGUUCAUUCCUCUCGAGUGCUAUGCUGUCUUCAAAACAUAAAUUUCUAAGAACCAUAAGUGCUGGUAUUUAUUCACUCCCUCUCCCUAUUAAGAUGUAAAUCUUCUGAACUGCCUUUUUUUUUAAGAAGAAGAAGAAAAAUGAAAAGGAAACACAAUCAGGAUUCUCUUUAAGCAAGCACGGCAGUCACGGCACUGGGUCCGAGCAGCUGAUCCUGCCCAUGGCUGAUAGAACUGAGGGUACCACCUGGCUCUGGAAGACAUCAACUCCCUGUGCCCACGUCAGCACACCCAGCCUGCAGCACCCAAGCCUUCUCUUGGGCUCCAGGGACCCUCAUCUUUGCCAGUGUCUGUCAUCGGAGCCCAAAGAAAGCUGUGAUAGCGACUUUAGCCUGGGAAGACCAAAGGACGCGUCUGGCCUUCUGGACUGUGCCCAAAACACAUUGGCUUGGGGGCAGCUUCUGCUCUGGCCCCUGGUGGAGGAAGCAGCUGUGUAUGAAUCCUGGACUUCCCUUUCCCUCCAGCCAUGUUUGGAGCAGGGAACCAAGGCAGGCCCUGUCCUGGCAGCGGAAGCCUUGAGUGGCUGGGUCCUGAGUGUCUCCCAGCUAUGUGGCAGGCUGGCCUUGGACACCCAUC